AUGUUUAAUGAAUUUACGACCAAUGAUCAUAUAAUUUAUGAAUCUACAUUUUAUGAUGGAUUAGCUCGAGAAACUACUGCUUGGAGAAAUCUUCAAGGUGAAGGUUUAUUUUGUAAUUUUAAAAGUAAAAAUUGUCAAAGACCAACAGAAGUAGGACCUGAUGAUAAAAUAAUCUUAAUAAAAACCGAAAGACUCGGAAAUGGUCAACCAAAAUGUUCAAAUUGUAAUACCAUCAAUACACUUUGUUGGAGAGGAAAAAGGUGGCAAAUUAUGUAA